UAGUAAGAGUUUCAGGAGUUCAGGUUCCGCUGAUUGACCGUUCUGACUGAAACUGAACUGAACAUUAAAAUGCUAACCGAGGGAAGUCUAAGUCUGACAUGUCUCGUUCACUUUUAUUCCCAUUUUACCGUGUAAGUGAUCUAUGACACGUGAAGUACGGAUUUGUGCAGUGCGCGAUAAAUGAUUUUAGCAUUAUCAAUAUGUUGCUGGAUUUUCGUGAAUACAGUGUGUUUCUCAGGCUGAGUCGCACGGACUAGCCUACAUACCAUGGCGGCCAAUAACAGAAAUAGGGCAAUUCAGCACAAAAACAUUACUUCAAUAUUCUCCAAGUUACAUGGAGCUUUUACUGAUGCGAUGGCUCCUCCAAAAUUAGCCACUGACAAACGAACUUUAGAUAAAACUUGGAAACUUAUGGACAAGGUCGUCAAACUAUGUCAACAUCCCAAAAUGAACCUCAAAAAUUCUCCUCCCUUCAUCCUAGAUAUAUUGCCUGAUACCUAUCAACGGCUCAGGUUAAUUUACUCCAAAUAUGAGGACAAAAUGUUGACCUUGCAUAGUAAUGAACACUUCAAUGUCUUUAUAGUUAACUUAAUGCGGAAAUGUAAACAAGCAAUUAAGCUAUUCAAAGAGGGCAAGGAGAAGAUGUACGAUGAAAGUUCACACUAUCGCAGGAAUCUGACAAAGCUUAGUCUAGUGUUCAGUCAUAUGUUAAGUGAAUUAAAAGCAAUUUUUCCCAACGGCAUCUUCACGGGUGACCAAUUUCGGAUAACCAAAAGUGAUGCAGCUGAGUUUUGGCGGAAUAACUUUGGAAACAGCACUCUAGUUCCUUGGAAAAUUUUCAGACAAGCUCUGAAUGAAGUCCACUCAAUUACCUCAGGUUUAGAAGCAAUGGCCCUAAAAUCAACAAUAGAUCUUACAUGCAAUGAUUAUAUUUCAAAUUUUGAAUUCGACGUCUUCACACGGUUAUUCCAACCGUGGACAUCUCUACUGAGAAAUUGGCAAAUUUUAGCUGUAACACAUCCAGGUUACGUAGCAUUUCUUACUUACGAUGAAGUCAAAGCAAGGUUGCAGAAGUAUAUUAAUAAGCCAGGAAGCUAUGUUUUUAGGUUAAGUUGUACGCGCUUGGGACAAUGGGCUAUUGGUUAUGUCACUGCAGAUGGUGACAUUCUUCAAACCAUUCCACAAAAUAAAUCUCUAUGUCAAGCUCUGUUAGAUGGUUAUCGAGAAGGCUUCUACUUAUUUCCUGACGGACGUAACGUAAAUCCAGAUCUAUCGUGGGCUGUCCAGCCAACACCUGAAGACCAUAUUAAAGUAACUCAAGAACAAUAUGAGUUAUAUUGUGAAAUGGGCUCAACGUUUCAAUUGUGUAAAAUCUGCGCUGAGAAUGACAAAGAUAUCAGGAUAGAACCUUGUGGUCACCUAUUAUGUACACCUUGUCUAACAUCCUGGCAAGUGGAUUCAGAAGGACAAGGAUGUCCAUUUUGCCGAACUGAAAUUAAAGGGACUGAGCAGAUAGUGGUAGACCCCUUUGAUCCUAAGAGGAGUCAUAAGGCAGGGAGUGGUGCUGCAAAUGCAAUUGCAAACGACAAUGAUGAAGCUGAUGACGAGGGUACCUAUGAACAGAGGAAACUUCUAAUUAUUGGAGAGAGGUCCAGUGACAAAACUGUGCAAAACUAAGAGAAGAAAAUUUUCUGAGUAGAGAAUUGCAUGCAGGAAUGUACAAUUUUUCGUUUGUUAUCAGUGUAAGACUGGAAAAAAGAAAAAAACCCGGCAUUUUUAUGAUUUACUAACAACUAUGUCGCAAAGUCCUCAUAGAUAAGCCUAUUUUCAAUUUUAAGUCCAGGGCCAGAAUUUUGUUGGUAUAUUUACAGUCGGCCCCAAUUUAAGGCAACAUUGUUGACUUUCUCAUUCAAUUGCUGAUCAAUGAUUUGCACAGUUGAGGUAUUAAGGAUGGCUUUACUGAGCCUGCUUUGAAAGAAGCUCAACUUGCAUACAGCUCCUGCUUGAGUUGUAAUAAAAUAUUCCAAACUUAUGCAAGGUGAUCCAAAGUUCCUUCUACCCUCUUUAACUUUUUACCUAAUUGAGGUAAAGAUUUGAACCUCGGGUGAUGUUAUUAAGUCAAAGGAAACUAUUUUUUGUCUUCCCUAAAAUUUUCAGAGGCGCCUUCUAGGGGGCAAUAGACCUCAACUUUUUUUCAAAUUGAAAGAUCCUCUCGUGAUACCUCAGUCAAAAGAAUAUGAAAGAAAGAAACUUUUAGAGCAAACCCGAAGUCAUUAUCUCAAACCGUUUCAAAAUGGCGCUCUAUCAAAGUUCAAGAUGACCGAAAAUUAGCGCCGGUAUUUUGUCAGUGGAUUGGCGUGAAACUUGCCAAGUAUUUGAAGGUAUUUAGACACGAAGAAAAUAAAUUUGACUUUAGAUUUGCAUAGAAACAAAAAAUUUUUAAAAUGGCGACCAGUUGAAGUUCAAAAUGGUCGAAAAUUGACUCCUCGAUUUUUGCCGAUAGAUUUGCCUAAUAUUUAAAAUAGCAGGGUAUUUUGGCGCAGAAAAACGAAUUUCAAGUCGGAUUUUUGUAAAAAUCAAUUUUCGGCCAUUUUGAUAAAUUCAGGUCUGUUUAUUAAAACUAAACGUGAAUUUCUUUUUAAUCGUGUCAAAGUAUCUGUGCGAUACGGAUUAUCAAGCAAAUUCAUCGACAAAAAACGGGAAAGCCACUUUUCGGACACUUUAAACUUUAACUGGCUGCCAUUUGAAAACGGUUUGAGCUAUUGCCUUCGAGUUUGCACCAAAAGUCUACUUUUUUAUGCUCUUUCGAUUGAGGUACCACAAUACGGAUCUUUCUGUUUGAAAAAAAAAGUUGGGGUUGUUACCUACCCCUUAAGGGUGCCCAUCCAAAAAUUUUAGCCCUUUUAGACCAAGGAACAUCCCUCUACUUUUAAUAGUGUAUUUUCCGAAGAAAAUACAUUAUUGCAUUCUCCCAUGGUGUCGGACCCAGACCUGAGACAUUGUGAAGAGGACGGAUCAUGGGUCGUAGAUCACGAAAAUAUAUGCCCUUCAAAUUCAUGUACAUAUACAUAUAUAUAUAAGUAAAGAGUUCACGGUUGUAAUAAUUAAUAAUUAAACAAAAAUCACGAGUACUUUCCAACCUUUUUAUUACAUUUGCAAUCUUCACACUACAUCUUAAACACCGACGUUUCGGAGACAAUUUUCUCCAUCUUCAGGGCAGACGAACCUUAUUCAUAACUGAACGAGGAAAAACAUGUUUUUUCCUCGGAAAAAGGAAGUGG